UCUUUCUCCAUUUGAAAAACGCGACAUUGUUCGAGGAGAGCGUGAUUUGGAUUUGGGAUUGGAUUCAGCGAUCGGGAACUGAAUGACGAAAUCCACAGUGCGGAUGACGUGGAUGCUGGUCGCUGGACUCGUGCUCCUGGCAACACUGCCGUAUCACGCUGCAUCGUCCGAGCCAGCGCACGAGGGAGAAGCAGGAGCGACGCGACGACGUGACGACGCAGCAGCAGAGCAAUUGGGACGAAACCCGACCCAGCAGCCGCCACUCGAUCGCGCCGCCCAGCAACCAGACGCUUCCAUCCAGGAUGACCGGGCUUCAGAACAAGCAACAGCAGGGGAUUACACACCCGACGCUGAAAUCUCGCGAUCGUCGGGCUCGGCGAGAGACCGUCAUCCAAACCCAAUACCGAACCAAGACGACCAAGCUCGAGUCCAUCCUGCGCCACCCGCGCGACCAGAUCCGAGUCGCAAAAAGCUCAAGGAAAAGGCCAAGAAGAGCGGCGCCAACGCUGCCGACGCAUUGAAUUUCGGAAAGUCGGGCGGCAUGCCCAAAAUGAACCCUGCACAGCUCGAGGAGCUGAUCGAAGUGGCAAACAUGUUUCCGGAGGAUUUCGGCCCGUCCAUGAAAGAGCUCAAUGCUCCCAAUGCCGACAAGGAGGGCGAGCUGCAACACUUUGCCAAUCAGGAGUUUAGCUGCUCACACUGCCAGAAGCUGGCAAAAAUGGUCGAAGCGAGCUUUCGGCGGCGUACCAAGGAGUCCAGCAUCUCGACCUUGUUGACGGAGUCGUGCGUGGCAGAGGAACUGGACAAUCAACAACGGCUGCUUUGCUCGCGGCUCGUUGAAAAGGUUGGCGACGAGCUGAUUUCUGCCGUUGCUGUCGGUGAACCUGCGGCGGAGGUCUGUGAUGAGCUCGACGUUUGCAUCAGCAAGGCUCGUCUUCAAGCCCAGGCCAAAAUCCAGGUCGAAGAGCGCAAGCGGGCUGCUGGCCUCAAGUCCAAAUACCAGUCGUUCGUGCAGCCGUCUGGACGGACUGGCAGUAGUGAUGCGAAGGGCGAUCUGCUAUCCAGCCUCAAAGCGAAUCUGAAAAACCCUUCCCGAUCGAACAAGCGUCCAAGAGCGUUUGCUGGCAAUGACGAACUCUGACCAAGCAGGAGUGUUCUUGUCCAUUGAUUCAAAAAAAUGCGUGCACAGCCCCACCCGCUCUUACCCCCUCUGACCAAACACAAAUUCAUGGCGACAACAAAGCAC